AUGGGUAAUUUGAUCCACAUCAACAUGUCGUUGUUCCUUUCAAAUUUUGCUUCUAUGAUGGUGUUUCCGGCCAUGAUGGACGUCACAAUGGCCGCUCUUUGCCCCGGAAAGGACGAAUGUGCCCUUGUCAUUUAUCUCUCGGGUUUUCAACAAUCGAUAAUUGGACUAGGAAUGGUGAUGAUGAUGCCUUUAAUUGGAAAUCUAUCUGAUAUUUAUGGAAGGAAACAAAUGCUCACUUUCCCCAUGACUCUCUCCAUUAUUCCUCUUGUGAUAUUAGCAUGUGGGAGGACAAAAAACUUCUUCUAUGCAUACUAUGUUUUGAAAAUUCUCACCGGCAUGCUUACCGGAGGAAGCCUUUUAUGCCUUGCCGUUGCUUACGUGGCCGACAUCACCACCGAGGAUAAGAGGGCCGCUGCCUUGGGUAUGGUCAUGGGAUUUCUUUGUGCUUCCUCUAUCGGAGCAACCCUUGUUGCUCGGGUCCUCUCCAGUGACACAAUGUUUCAGGUUGCACCUGUGAUAUCACUUAUGGCACUAGUCUACAUGAGAGUAUUCCUCAAGGAAUCGAACAUCUCUAACCAUAACGAGCAUUUGGAGCGACCUAUCUUGACGAAUAGCGGUUUAGAAAAUUGUGGCCUUAGUGAUGUAGAAUCGUCUCGUAAAGCACGACCUUCGAGGAAAAUUCCAUCCAUUAAGGAUUUCAUAUUAUUGGUUAGAAGAAGUCGAAUAUUUUCUCUAGCAGUUGUAAUCACGUUUUUCAACAGUCUUGCGGAGAGUGCACUUGAGGGUGCCGCUAUGUAUUUCUUCAAGGCCCGACUUCAUUACAAUAAAGACGAGUUUGCCAAUAUCAUUACAAUACUAGGUAUUGUUGGAAUAGUUGAUCAGAUAAUUCUCGUGCCCAUAUUGAUUCGUUUUAUCGGAGAGUAUAAGUUGUUGUCUUAUAGUCUCAUUUCUGGUUUCUUAUCGACUUUAGUUUAUAGCGUGGCAUGGGCUACUUGGGUUCCUUAUGUGGUCGCUACAUUUAGCAUAUUCCCUAUAGGGGUAACUUGUCUAACAAGCAUCAUGUCCAAACAAUUUGGACGCGACGAGCAGGGGAUGGCCCAAGGAUGUAUUUCAGCCAUUUCUUCUUUUGCAAGCAUUAUAUCUCCAAUGAUUUUCAGUACUUUAACAGAUCUGUUCUUGUCGGAUAAAGCGCCGUUUGAUUAUCCAGGUUUUAGUAUCUUAUGCGUUGGAAUCACAAUGUUGAUAGCAUUGAUUCCAAGUCUAUUGAUUGAAUUUGAUGCUUCUGGUUCGAGUGACAAUGUUGUGAUCUCUAAUGAUGAUUGUAUAGAACCCUAA